AGCUGCUGGGUCCCCGCGAAGGUGGGAGGGGAGAGGACCCGGGGCGGAGCCUGGCUGGGCCGGGCUCCCUCUUCCUGCCCCACGUGGAACAAAGCUCUGCCCGCGCUCUGUCCUUGCCGGUCCCAGGCCAGCCUCCUACCCUGGGAUCCUUCUCCCUCCCCAGCUCAGUGGGCAGAGGAUCAAGGCCUGACCUAGCAGGGAGCCUGGAGCCAGAGGGAAUGGCCCCUCGGAACCACAGACCCCCAGCCCAGGAGCUGGUGACAUUCCAGGAUGUGGCUGUGGACUUCACCGAGGAGGAAUGGGUCCUCUUGGACCAACUUCAGAAGGAGUUGUACAAGGAGGUCAUGCUGGAGAAUGCCCAGAACCUGGUCUCCCUGGGGCUGCCAGUUCCCAGAGAAGAUUUGAUGUCUUAUUUUGAGGAAAAGGAAGCACCAUGGCUUCUGGAGCAUGAAGGCCUAAGGAGCUGUUAUCCAGAAGGAGAGAUUAGACCUGAAAUGAAAGAGACUACUGCAAAGCUAAGCAUUUCUGUGAAAGAAACUCACCAGGAAAGUUUCAUGAGGGAUGGUCCUUGUGACUUCAGUGGGAGACACAUCUGUGCUGCAUUUCACAGAAUCCACAGAGGGGGAAAACCUUAUGAUUGUCAUCAUUGUGGGAAAGUGUUGAGGCAGCAGUCAUCCUUUAUUUACCAUCAAAAAAUUAAUCCUGGAGUGAAACCACAUGAGUGUCAUGAAUGUGGUAAAGCUUUUAAUGAAUACUCAUCCUUCAUUAUACAUCAGAAAAUUCACAUUGGCAGGACACCUUAUGAAUGUAAUCAGUGUGGAAAGGCUUUCAGGCGUAAAAGUAACCUUAGUAUUCAUCAGAGAAUUCACACUGGAGAGAAACAUUAUGAAUGUAAUAAGUGUGGAAAGGCUUUCAGGCGUAAAAGUAAUCUUACUCUACAUCAGAGAAAACACACUGGAGAGAAACCUUAUGAAUGUAAUCAGUGUGAAAAGGCUUUCAAAUUGAACUCCAACCUUAUUAAACAUCAAAGACUCCACACUGGAGAGAAACCUUAUGAGUGUAAUCAGUGUGGUACGGCUUUCACACAGAAAUCCAAACUUACUCAACAUCAGAGACUCCACACUGGAGAGAAACCUUAUAAAUGUAAUCAAUGUGGAAAGGCUUUCACACGGAACUACAAACUUACUCAACAUCAAAGACUACAUACUGGAGAGAAACUUUAUGAAUGUAAUCAGUGUGGAAAGGCUUUCAUAGAGAGGUACACACUUACAAAACAUCAGAGAGUACAUACUGGAGAGAAACCUUAUGAAUGUAAUCAGUGUGGAAAGGCUUUCACACAGACCUACAACCUUAUUCAACAUCAAAAACUCCACACUGGAGAGAAACCUUAUGAAUGUAAUCAGUGUGGAAAGGCUUUCACACAGAAAUCCAAACUUACUCAACAUCAAAGACUCCACACUGGAGAGAAACCUUAUGAAUGUGAUCAGUGUGGAAAGGCUUUCAGGCGUAAAAGUGAUCUUACUCUACAUCACAGGAAACACACUGGAGAGAAACCUUAUGAAUGUAAUCAGUGUGGGAAGGCUUUCUGGUGUAAAAGUGAUCUUACUCCACAUCAGAGAAUGCACACAGGAGAGAAACCUUAUAAAUGUAAUCAGUGUGGAAAGGCUUUCACACUCAAUUGCCGCCUUAUUAUACAUCAGAGAAUUCACACUGGAGAGAAACCUUAUGAAUGUAAUCAGUGUGGAAAGGCUUUUGCACACAGGUACCACCUUGUUAACCAUCAGAGAAUUCACACUGGAGAGAAAUCUUAUGAAUGUAAUCAGUGUGGAAAGGCUUUCAAACAUACUUCCAACCUUAUUAAACAUCAAAGACUCCAUACUGGAGAGAAACCUUAUGAAUGUAAUGGUCUAUAGAGCUUGUUAGACUCCAGAAGAUUCAUCUUAGGAAGAAGCCCUACAAGGACUCAAUGUGGGAAUGCCUUCAGCAGAGAUCUCCUGUUACUUUACAUCAGGGAUUCAUGGUGGAGAGAAGACUUAUGAACAUGCUUAAUGAGGACCUACCUUUGUUGGAAGAUGCAGGUCACUCAACAUCACAAUAUUCACACUGGAAGCAAUCCUUAUAAAAGCAAUAAUUGUGGGAAGGCCUUCAUCUGGAGCUCAUAUGUGUUUGUAUAUUGGAGAAAUCUUCCUGGAGAUAAAUCUGAUGGAUUUGAUUAAUGACAGAAGACUUUUGUCUGCUGCACAGAACUCAUGAGACGUCACAAAUCUCUUAUUUUUCCUUGCUAUUCUCUGGAAUUCUGCAUCCAUUUGGGUAUAUCUUUUCCCUUUUCCUUUCCUCCUUUCCUUAUCUAUUUGUAAGGCCUCAUGAGACAGCCAUUUUGUUUUCUUGCUCUUCCUUUUCUUUGAAAUAUUUUUUGUUGCUGCCUUCUGUACAGUAUUGCAAACCUCUGUCCACAAUUCUUCAGGCACUCUAUCAGAUCUAAUCCCUAAAUCUAUUCAUCAUUUCUACUUCAUAUCGGUAAGCAAUGUUGUUUAGGGCAUAGCUGUAGGGUCUGAUGGCUUUCCCUAUUUUCUUUGAUUUGAGUCUGAAUUUUGCAAUUAGAACCUCAGGUUCUGAGCCUCAGCUCCACGGCAUGUUUUGACUGACUGUAUAGAACUUCACCUCAUCUGCCUUUUUUCCCUAGAAAAUGUGUUCAUUUUUCGUAGAACUGAGCAGCUUUGGGUACUUUGGAAUUAGUCAUUGGGAGAUAGACUUGUUAGUGUGACAUUGAAUGGUUUGCUUUAGAUUUCAACAGUAUUUGAUUAUACCUUGAUAAAGUCUUGCUGAAGAUAAACUUUAUGGAUCUAAUUAACAAGAUUAGGUCUCUUGUUCAAGACCUCCUUAGGUUUCCCAGUAGGAGACCUCAUUAAACAUCCAAAAUUACUUACUGUGAAUAAACCCCUACAAAUGUCAUGGCUUUCCUCCCUGAAAUCCUGAUGUUUCCCAUUGCUCUACGAUAAUAUUCCUUUGAAUUCCUGUACUGUAGUUUAUUUAGCUAUUCAACAAUUGAUGGUUACUCACUUGAUAUCUUGUUUGUUGGCACAAAAAGUUGUGGUAUAAAUAUUUUGGUAACUGACUGCAAUCCCUCUAGAGUGUUACAAUCGUAGCUGGGCAAAGUGAUUUUCUAUGUAAAAUAAUUUGGAAAAUAUAUUCAACUGAAUUGUCACUUGAUUGGAAACUAGUUUUUGUUUAAAUCUGUUUUGUCAGAACAAUAAGAUUUGUUUUAAAUCUGUAA